UGUGCCACUGUACCAUCACUGCAGAACAAGACAAAACUCCUUCAUUAAGAGGGUGAAAUUAAAGAGUUCUUCUUUUGUAAAUUUGUUCGAUAUUUUUGUUGUGAAUUUACAGUGAAAAGAUAACCAUGUUUGAUGGUAUGCAGUCUGGCGAUCAAUUUCAUCAAUUCAUAGCUUCAUCAAGAACUUCAUUUCCUAUUCCUCUUUCUUUUCCACUUAAUGGAUCAGACGCAUCUGUAAUUCACAGUUUUGAUCCUUUCACUUCUCAUCAAUUACACCUUCAGUUAGAGUCCUCUAUUAAUAACAGGGUUGAACAGGAUUAUGAAGAACCAGCCAGUUUAAUCUCAACUAAAUUAGUGCUCGAAAGAGAGAGAUCUAUGCCGGAAACGACGAUGACAACCGAUCUGGGCUGGUCGCAUAAUGAAGUUCUUGCUUUGCUCAGAAUUGGAUCCAGCAUUGGGAAUUGGUUCUCAGAUUUCACUUGGGAACACGUUUCAAGGAAACUUGCAGAGCUUGGGUUUAAAAGAAGUGCUGAUAAAUGCAAGGAGAAAUUUGAAGAAGAAAGCAGAAAUUUCAACAGUAUAAGCUACAACAAGAAUUACAGGAUUUUCUCUGAACACGACGAUGAAUUUUAUCCGGAUGAUCAAGAUCAAGAACCCCAUAUUUCUGCAGAAAAGAAUCAACAAAAUCAAGAAGAAGAAGAAGAUAUAGGAGAGAGGAAUAUUGUGGAAGGAGAAUCAGAAAGAACUGUAGCUGCAUCUCAAGAAAAUGAAGGACAAGUUGCUAUGAAACCAAGAGAAAACAAGAAGAGAAAAAGAAGGGAAGACAAGUUUGAAAUGUUCAAGGGUUUUUGUGAAGCAAUUGUGAACAAGAUAAUGGUUCAACAGGAAGAGUUGCACAAUAAGCUGCUAGAAGACAUGUUGAUGAGGGAUGAGCAAAAAAUUGCAAGGGAAGAAGCUUGGAGGAAUCGACAUAUGGAGAUGAUUAAGAAGGAAAUUGAAAUAAGGGCAGAAGAAAAUGCCACUGCUAGGGAGAGACAGGCCACUAUUAUUAAGUUUUUGAAGAAAUUUACAUCAGAUUCUUGUGAAGAAGAUCAGGAAUUUGUAACGAAAAUUCAAGAUCUUCUCAAGCUCAACAUGACUUUACCUUGUACAAUUCACUUUCAUGAUCAAACUACAACUACCCAAGAAAAAGUAGAAGCAGCUACUUCGUCAAGCAUGGAUUUUAUUCACCAAAAACCUAGUUCAAAGCCCUGCUCCUCAUCUGUACAGCUCCAAAACCCUAAUCCUGCAAAACCCAACGAGAAUAAUCAGUUAGAAUUGACACCAUCUUCGAGGAAAAGGAAUUCCAAGAAUUUGCAUUGUGAAAGUGGAGAUAGUGGCAACAGAUGGGCUAGAGAUGAAGUGUUAGCUCUGAUAAACCUUAGGUGCAAACUGAAUAAUAAUGAUGAAAUUAAGGAUGGAGAAAAGGGUCCAUUAUGGGAAAGAAUUUCACAGGGGAUGCUUGAAUUGGGAUACGGAAGGAAUGCCAAAAGAUGCAAAGAGAAAUGGGAGAAUACAAAUAAGUAUUUCAGAAAGACUAAAGACAGUAGCAAGAAGAGGUCUCUUGAUUCAAGAACAUGUCCUUAUUUUCAACAGUUGAGCGGUUUAUACAGUCAAGGAAAGCUCGUCGUCCCAAAUAAUGAGCCGGAAAACCAAUAGAGAUGGGGGAAAAGGGGCCAACGGCAGAUAACGUUCUUUCAAUUUUGAAUUUUAUUUUUACUUUGUGUGGGUGAAAUAAUUCAGUAGGCCUUUGUAUUUUUGUUUAUGAAGUUAACAUUCUGAAAAAUGAGAAGUCAGUUCCAUCUGCCAUCUCUAGAAAGAUUGAUUCUUUGAGAUCCUUCAUUUCUUCAAAUUGAGUCAAGAGAUAGAAUCAGGAGAAUUUCCACAAUGCCUCUGGGUAUUCCUCAAUAUUUCGACUAUAUAUUCAAGGGAUGCGAGAUGCAGAUGAUAAAUUUUUGGGAAGAAAUCAAGAAAAAUCUGAAGAACUAUCUUCCUUU